UGAGCAAUCCAGUGUGACGUCACAACGCCUCGGUAAAACCAAUAUCUGUACGUAGUUACCACGCGUGGGGCAUGUUUACAUUGCUUAUAAUACCAACUUGUCAGAAUUUGCUAUUAUAAUUAAAAAAUUAAUAUAAAAUGCCUGCCACUUGUCUUGUGCUUGACUGCAAAAGUCGUAAUGGAGUUGAUUCCGUGAAUUUUUUUCGAAUUCCAGUGGCUAGGAAAUUAAAAUCGGAAGAUUUAUGUAAAUUGGUACAUGACCGGCGAGAAAAAUGGUUACGUGUUUUGAAACGAGGUGAAUUAACUAAAACCCAACUAGAAAAUGGACGAAUUUGUUCUAAACAUUUCAUUACAGGUAAACCAGCUGCAUUUUAUGAAAGUCAUCAUCCCGAUUGGGUGCCGAAUCAACACAUGGGAUACAGUGUAGGUGUUAUGUUAAAGAAGCCCUCGGAUGUAGAAAGAUACGAGAGGACAAAAAGAAGAGCUUACCAGAAACUUUCAAUUUUAAUUGAAAAAAGCAUCCCACAUGUUGAAGGAGCAGAUUCAUCGACCGAGGUUUCAUUUCCGAAUCUAGUGAUAGAAACCAAUGAAAUCGUUUCAUUGCCAAAGGAAAACGAAGCAGUUUCUGAAUGUUUUACCUAUAAAAGAAGAAAAAAUUAGAAACUCAUAUAUAAUCAUAAUAACUCAGCGGUUGACAGUCGUGAGAAAAAUAAAGAAUUUCUUUGAUAAUGGAAUUAAUUUUAAAAAUUUCUGCUGAGCCAUAAAUAAAUAUUAUAAUUUUCUGACACCUUGGCGGAUUCGAUUUGCGUAAUGUCUACUUAACUAAGCGGACUUUAGGUAGACAUUAG